AGGCCAACCUGACCAGUACAUCUUCGGACACCCUACAACACUCUCGUAUAACACGGACAAUUUAAAUACACUCAUAUCAUAAUGAAGUUGCUAAUUGCUUUGUGUUUCGUCGCUAUAAUCGGGUUAUCCUUUGCCGAAACAAAAACAUAUUCGAGAGGCUGUAUUUAUAUUCUUGGAAGAUGCUCUCGUGAAUGUGAGGAAGGCACCCAUGCUUACGCUAUCGGAUGUGGUCAUAUGACACCGGAAGCAACCUGUGACAACCCAAAUCCGGUUGCUGAUACUCGAGGGAUGAUCUGCGACUACUCAGCUUGCUACUGCGACCCCCCCACAGUGCGGGAUACUGCUACUAACAAAUGCGUGCCUUUGGAGGAAUGCCCUAAGAAGGAAGGUCCUAAUAAAGAAGGUCCUAAGCAGGAAGAUCCUAAGGACGAAGGUCCUAAGAAGGAAGAAAAGGUUGCAGAAAAUUAAAAAAGCGAUUUUGCGAAAAUUUUAUUUUAAUGAAAAGCAUGUUUUGUGUAAGUUUAAAAUGUACCGAAAGCAUUAUUUACUGUUCGUAGAAUAACAAUAAAAAUAAUGACACAGUAA